AUGUCUUCCGAGCCUUCACAGUCAAACUCACAGGAUUACUCCAGUCACCACAGGAACCCUGACCUGUCUAAAGACCCAGCCUUGCAGCACCAAUUUGGCUAUUUAUCCACUCCUAUUGAGUCUGUGCAGCCGCCGGCGUUCCAGCAAAGCGCCUUGGACAAUUCGGAUCCCGCGUGGCCGUUUAUUACUAGCCCGGUGCCGGCCCUAGAAACGUCCUCUUUACCUUCAUCGGUUUUUCCCUUUUCAUCUCAUCCACAAGGCUCCACUACUCCCCUACACUCUAAUUCCCUUCCAGAAUCAUUUUAUGAUCCUGAUUCUUCUUAUUCUGAGCAAUCUUAUUCGGAUUCAACUUACUCAAAAACCACAUACUCCGAGCACUAUCCUGAACAGACUAUACAUCAGUCUAUUGAACAAGAUAAUUGCCAAGAGCAAUUACCUACGGAGCAUCCACGCGGUCUUGGAAUCAUACCCUACCCUAUGUCUGUAGCAUCAGACACAUACUUUGGUGGCCAAAUGCAGCCAAACUCUCACCACUAUGUCUGGCCUAACCGUCCAUUUCAACCGUUGCAGCCUCCAUCCGGAAAUGUGUAUCAACAGUUCCCUCCGCCACAGUCAUAUCCUUCAUCUAGCUUCUCUGCUGCCUAUGGCAGCCAUCCUAAUGGGCCAAUGCCUGGCUACCACCCUGAGUCUCAUGCACCGUCUUCUUAUCUUCCUGGGGCUCCUGGUAGCGCUCGCCCGAGUCAUUCCCGCAGCCCUUCAAUGGCUCGUUCUUUCACUCCUCACACAACCACUGCCCUCCCCGAACAGCCUAUAAUGAUAUCCUCUUCCCCUUAUAUGAUGAACCAACCCGCUUAUUAUCUCCCCGAAGCACCACAAAUUCCUUCCUCCCACCCCUCGUCUAUGGGCUCGCAAGCAUCUUCAGCUAUUGCUGACCCCGUUUUCUCUCCACCCGAGUCUCUACAUGGAUCGGACAAUGAGCGGCAAGUCCGUGUCGUUAGUUCAAGGCCUCGACCGCAAUGCUGGGACCACGGGUGUAAUGGCCGUGAAUUCUCCACUUUUAGCAACCUAUUGCGACACCAACGAGAAAAGUCUGGAGUUGUUGCCAAAGCCGAGUGUCCUGUAUGUGGAGCAGUGUUUACUCGAACAACAGCGCGGAAUAUUCAUGUGGCACAAGGGAAAUGCAAAGGUGGUGGCCGAGAACCGUCAGCAGAGUAG